CCUAAAGUCGCUUCCGGAAAUUCAACCAAAACCAAGUGCACCGACAAAAAGCGCACGCUGGAAGAGUUACAAACCAAGGUCCAAAAAGCCGAUGACAAAGGCGGCACGGAAAUGGAAACAACUCAAGAACCCCGAGGUCGGAUCGUCAAAGAAAAGAACAUCCACCGAGGUUGACGCUGAUAAUACUAUUGGCUCGUCGGAACAAAGACCUCCUGUCAACCUAGACGACUAUGAUGAUGCGAACCCUAUUCCACGGUCGAUCAAAAGAAAGAAGACAAAAUUAAUUUCCUCGAGUUCUGCAUGUUCCGGCUCUGUUUCCUCUCACAACGAUAUCGGUCGGGCAAUGGUUGAACAUGUUAGCCUUGGUCAUCUGGUUUUUGGCUUCAAGAUUCUGCAAGCAGCGCAAUCUGCUUUCUUUUUUGGAGUAAACGUGGCUGAGAUCCACAGCUAUUCGGUCAAUGCUCCCCCUAUCAAAAACACAAGAGAGUGCAAAACUCUUCAUUUGGAAUCUCCAGGUGCAAUUCUUCGCCUCGAUUUCCCCAAUUUUUUGGGUCAAAUCUUUGAUUAUGAAUCGUGGGUUGAUUAAUAGCGGGAUUCGAUACCUAAUUUAGAUUCAUAUUCCACAUAAUUAGAUUGGGGAGGAAAGUGAAAGAAAGCAACCACAUUCGUGACCAAGCAUAGGUUAUUCUUCGAAUGAAGUUUAAUUGAGUUUUAAAUUGCAGCCUAGAGGAACCGAAAUGUAAGUUUCUUUAAAUCUUAAUUUACACUUAUUACAUAAAACAAUGUAAUGAGGUAGUUGUAACUUUAUUAUUUUUGGUGUUUAGUGAUUCAUGACAUAUUGGACUGAGGUUAUAUGUUUUAUGGCUAUUUUGUGUGCCAUAUGUUCAAGUUCCUUACAAUUACAUUAGGAGUGUGAUUCCUGCUAUUUAGUGAAGACAUGUAGCUUCUUUGAGUUGUCUUUUGUAAAAAAAUAUAUUUAUUACAUGAGCUACAGGUGGAUUAUUUUUACUUAGUCAUCGUUCGAGGUGGCUAUCUGUAAUUAGCAUAUCAGCGGGCAGCGCUAAAGCCGCUAGGAAAAACAGCCAGGCAGUCGAAGUUCUCAAAACCCUAUAUGUGAAUCCAGACGAUUGAUAUACUGUAGAGAGCUGGAGCCGAGGUUAUAGUGGCUUCAGUGGAGAAGGAGCUCCGGGUGGACGCCUUACAUGGAUUCAAAGUCAUAGCCGAUAUACUUAUUUCUGAUUGUGCCAAUAUUGAGUUUUGGUCUCUUUUCUCUUCCUGUAUGUUUCGCAUAGGGUUCCAUUGAUUGAAGUGUAGUGUCUAAGUUCCGUUUCUGCUUGGCCGUUUGGCCAGCCACUAUUCCUGGAUAAUGACUAUUUUAAAUUUUAUAUUUUAACCGUGUUUCUUAAUGUUUGACAGACUUAAGAGUUGGACUACUGCCGUUGAGGUAAAUUUUAAAACAUGAAUGUAUUCUAUUGAUGUCUUUAUAAAGUCAUGCACCCACUUUCCCCCAAGAAUUUCAUUUGUGUUUUCUUACUCCUAUUUUUAUUUUCCUUACUUGAAUGAGUAGAAAAAGGUGGACAGUGAAUAAUGAUAGGAAUGAUAGAAACCUUUGAAGAAUUUUAUGCAAACCAAAUAUAAGAGGAAAAUAAUGGAGAGUUUCUAAAAAAAUAUGACUGUUUGUUGGAGAAUGAUUUGUAGGGUGCAUCACUGGAUUGUGGAGAACACAAGAUGGGACAAUGGCACUAUACACUAGAAUGGGGGGAGUUCUCUUUCAAAUCUGUUUACAGUGCCAUUUUAGAACCUAAAGAAAUCCACUGUCCUAGCAACUUUGCUGGCAGAAAUUUCAAGUCCCCAAUGUCUAACUCUUCAAUUGGAAAGUAACUAAUAAUUGUUUGGCUUUCCCUAAUUAUCUCACUAAAUAUAAUAUACACCUGCCACAUUAAUAUAGAUUAGUGAACAAAAUAGAAAAAACAUUAUUUGAUUAAUCUAGAUUUCUGCUGAGAAACCCUUUAAGUGUGAGAGAGUUGCCUUAGAGCCACCAGAUCACUCUUCACCGUCCACCGACCAACACGCCAAUUUUUCAAUGUGCAAUUAACUGGUAUGUCCCGAUUGAGGUUCCUUCUUGGUUUUUACUAAUAUGACUAUUUAAAAUUAUUGUUUAUUUGUUUGAUUUAAUAAAGCAUUACUUGAUUCUUCAUCUGUGUGUGGCGCAUCAAGGUCAAUUUACAGAGCUUGGACGGCCUACAUAAAUCAGAGUGUAUAGUUCAAUCCUUUACAUUUUUUAUGUUGGUGUCGUUCAAAAGAAAGGUAUUUCAGUUGCAAAGAAAAUACACAUUUUAUGUGUUUCAUCAAAGAAUUUGAUUGAAGAUUUUGUAGAAACAAAGAAUAAUCAAUUUGAACGAAAUAGAGAUGAUAUCACUGAUUCUACUGUCAACAAAAGAAUGAAAGAGGUGGAACAUUGUGAUGGAGACGGGGAUGAGUCGAGCAAGAAGAUGAAUAUCGUUAUAAUAGAGAAAAAUUAGGAAUAUAUAUUUUAUGUUAGCCUGAGAGUAUUUUUUUGGAUUGAUUUAUGUGUCACAUAGGUUUUUUUUGUGGAU